GGCCGUCGCGGGGUCGCCCGCCCUCCGGUCGCGAGGCUGCCCCCCGAGUGCUCCGGCACCAGGCGGCCAUCACGCGCAGCCGGCGAGCCGGGGUGCAGGAAAUCACUGCCCGCUGACCGCGCAAGGGCGUCCGCUCGUGAAACCGCACAGACUGGGGCACCCCAGCCGGAGGCCUUGGCCCUGGCCUUCGUUCUUUGUCACCUGUGCGCCCGCUGCACACGUCGUUUGGGUGGGACAGGAGACCACCCCGGUGGGUGCCGUGUGCCGCGAUCCCCUGAGGAACGAUGACGGAAUAUAAGCUCGUGGUGGUGGGCGCUGGAGGUGUAGGGAAGAGUGCCCUGACCAUCCAGCUCAUCCAGAACCACUUCGUGGACGAGUAUGACCCCACCAUCGAGGACUCCUAUCGGAAGCAAGUGGUUAUCGAUGGCGAGACGUGCCUACUGGACAUUUUGGACACGGCGGGCCAGGAGGAGUAUAGCGCCAUGCGGGACCAGUACAUGCGCACCGGAGAAGGCUUCCUCUGUGUGUUUGCCAUCAACAAUACCAAGUCCUUUGAGGACAUCCACCAGUACAGGCCCUGGAUGCAGCUAUGCCUGCAGCCCGUGACUGGAUCACACCUCCUUCCUUGCAGGGAGCAAAUCAAGCGAGUGAAGGACUCCGAUGACGUGCCCAUGGUGCUGGUGGGGAACAAGUGCGACCUGGCCGCGCGCACCGUGGAGUCCCGGCAGGCGCAGGACCUGGCCCGCAGCUACGGCAUCCCGUACAUCGAGACGUCGGCCAAGACUCGCCAGGGUGUGGAGGACGCCUUCUACACGCUGGUCCGAGAGAUCCGGCAACACAAGGUGCGGAAGCUGAGCCCGCCCGACGAGGGUGGCCCCGGCUGCAUGAGCUGCAAGUGCCUGCUCUCCUGACGUCCCCUCCGCAUCCACCCUGGCGGCCCGCUGGCCCUCUGUGCCCCACGAGCACAGGCACGGGGUCCGGAGGUGCCGGAUGCCGGGAGGAGGUGCGGACGGAGGACGGAGGAGGGGAAGGAAGGAAGGAAGCACUCCCGGAGUCCGGCCAGCCCCGGGCUCUCUGGACAGAGUGACCGCAGACCUCCCAGGACGCUUUGCACGGACUGUCGUGAACUGACGCCACCGGCACCCCGCUGUUACUCUCCUCCCAGCCCCGUCCUGGCCCGCUGGGCACAGGCUGAGUUGCAGUAAAUUAUUUGAUGGUCUUGA